ACCAGUUUUUACAGUUUUUCACUAAAAUUCAGGAAGCUAUAGUUGCUUGCAGAAGAAUGGAAUAAACUCAAAAGUUCAAAAGAUUUGAUAUGUAUCAAUUGCACGAGUUACUUGAAAACAUUCCCAGUAAAGAUUUUAUUAAUGGUGCCACUUUUAUUUAAUGCAAAGUUUGUGAAGAUCGUUCUGUUGCCCAUCCACUAUGGAAAUUGAUACAUUGCAAGACUAUGAAUAUCAACAAGAACGUCCUCAUGGCUGUGACAUUUGCGGCAAAAGAUUCAAGAAAGGAAAUCAACUAAGGCAACAUCUUAUUAUUCAUAAGCCCCCCGACAAGCGUCCUUACAGUUGCUACAUUUGUGAACGAACAUUUAAUAGAUCACAUCAUUUGAAAUUGCACGUUAUCGCCCACACGAAGCAGAGUCCUUUCAGAUGCGACAUAUGUGGCCGUGGCUGCAACCAGAUGAGCAAUCUCAGGCGUCACAUGCAGACCCACGAGUCGGAAAGAAACCAUGCCUGUCGAUAUUGCGGUAAAACCUAUGUUGAGGAAGCCACUCUCCAGAAACACUUACUGAAGCACACGCAGAAAAGUGUUUACCAGUGUGACUCGUGCGAUAAGACCUUUUACAAAGCUGGCAACUUGGAAAAGCACGCCUUAAUGCACAACACAGACAAAACUUACAUGUGCAAUAUAUGCAAGAAAGGUUUCAUUAGGGAAAGUAGCUUAAAACAGCAUCUGGUUACCCACACCGAGGACGAACCGCACGUAUGUGACGUGUGCGGGCGUCGGUUCCGGCGACUGGGUAACUUUGAAAACCAUCUCAUAACUCACACUGGGUACACGCCUCACGUGUGUGACAUAUGUGGUAAAAAGUUCUUACAGAUUGGAAGCUAUAGGCGUCACUUGCGCAACCACAAUGAAGGUUUCAAAGAAGCCACGCGUAUCAAACUGGAGGGCAGAAACGAUCACGAUAUGUAUCUCUUACAGGAUGACGAUGAGGAUAAUAUCAUUGAUGAUGAGGAGAGCUCUAACUUGAUGUCUCCUGAAGUAUCGAUAAGAGAAUUUGACAGUGAUAAUAUUGUGUUGAAUUCAAUGGAGGGAGAGACGCUUAUGAUUGGUGAACCUGAUGGACAGGGAAACGUGACUGUUAUUGGUUCGGCUUGCUCUAUGGAAGAUAUUCAGAAUCUCGGGCAAGACGGAAAAGAAUAUUAUUUGAUUGAAGUGAAAGAUUGUUCUUCAGAUAAUGGAGAAUCCAAAGUAUUUGUAUAAUAGUUUGUCAGAGAGUUUUUUUUUUCUUCCAACAUUUAAUUCAAAUUAGUCAUCUUCAAUUUAAUAACUAAUAAAUUGUUAAUUACUGUCUA